CAGAAGACAGUGGAACAUGUCAAUGCAUGAGGUUUCCCCAUCGGAGGUGUUUUGUGCUUCUCCUGGCUGUGGGGAUCCUGGUGAUAUUCUACGUAACCACCCUCUUCACUCUUCAUAUAAGCCAGACCCCACUCUGGCUGCUAGGAGGCCAGGAUCUAACUCCUCUCUCUUAUACCAAUGGAAAUGAGGGGGAGUUUUUUUCACCAUACAAUGUAGCAUACCCACACAAAUAUCAGUUUGUUCUGGAUGAGCCUCAUGAGUGCCAGGAACGCAGCCCCUUCCUGCUUCUGAUGGUGCCAGUAGCUCCUGGUAAUCUGGUAGCCCGGGAGGAUAUCCGGAAGACUUGGGGUAAGGAGAGCCUGGUUCUGGGACGGGCUGUGCGUCUGUUCUUCCUGUUGGGCCUGCCCAGUGGAGCGGAGUCAGAGAGGAUGCAGGAGGAGGUGCUGCUUGAGAACCAGCUGUACCAUGACAUGCUGCAGAGUGACUUCCAGGACAGCUACUUCAACCUGACCAUCAAGACCAUGGUGAUGCUGGAGUGGCUGGCCUCUCGCUGCCCCGGCGCCUCCUUCGCCAUGAAGAUUGACUCUGACAUGUUCCUCAAUGUGCACAACCUGGUCAACAUGCUGAUAGACCCAACUACACCAAAGCACAACUACAUCACUGGGAAGUUCAGCCAAAACACACAAGUGGUGAGAGACCGUACCUCAAAGUGGUACAUUCCCAAUAAGGUUUACCCCAGUACCAAAUUCCCUCCCUACCUUUUGGGAAAUGGUUAUGUAUUUUCCAUAGAUCUUCCUGAGAAGAUAGUGGAAGCAUCCAAACAAGUCCGUGCCAUAUUUUUAGAGGAUGCCUACCUGGGUAUGUGUCUGAGCCAUUUAGGGAUUGCAGCCAGUUACCCACCUAACUCUUCCCUCUUCAAGCUUUCCAUGCCCUACACUCAUAAUCGCUGUUACUACUCUACUGUCAUCACUACCGAAAUGGACCAUGUGAGUGACCUGCUGCGAGUCUGGGAGGACUUACAAAGACCUGGCACCCCCUGCUAAGGACAAUGAAUACCUCUUAAAGCUUUGAAUCCUUACCCUGCUAAGGACAAUGAAUACCUCUUAAAGCUUUGAAUCCUUACCCUGCUAAGGACAAUGAAUACCUCUUAAAGCUUUGAAUCCUUAUAAGUAUUAAACACACUAUGUAAGCACAUGCAUACAAGUAUUAUUAAACAAAUAGGUAGGC